AUGUCUAUAAGCUCCAAUGGCACAUGGAUCUACGUGGACGAUAGGGGGCAGUCACGGGAGCCCGAAAGUGGAUUGGGGGCUACCACUACUCGUCGUCCGAUGGGUAUCGCCGUAUCUCCUAAGGAAUUGGACCAACAGCAAGCGAUUCUCGAUUACUACAAUAAUAAGAAGAAACUCGAGCGUCUCAACGAGGCCCAGGGUAGCUCGAGUCAACCAUCAGGUAUUACGCAGUCACGCCUCCUCCGGCAUUUACGAAGUACUCCCGAGUUUUCGAAACACAGUGCUCAUCACAGAGAUCUCACUGUCAGCUCGACUGGCGCAACUGUAGGACCGUGUCCCCCUGAAACCCAGGCCCAGGCCCCUGCACCGCCUCCUGUGGCCUCGCGUCGGCGCAAGAAUACGUCUAUUCCACCUCCUGUACCAAAUCCGUUAUGGGUGCCCUUUCGAACCGCCACAGAACCUCCGCCUCUACCCUCGCACCCGAGCCGAGGUUUGCUGAAUGUCAACACAAUUGUGGAACCCAGUCCUUCUAUGCUCAGCCCCCUUCUACCUCCAUAUUCUGCUCCAGUGUCCUCUUCUCCCACCAUUCUUCCUCUUUCCUCGCUUCCGGUAGGAUAUGAUUUUGCGUUGGCUCAAUUCCGCCCAGAAGCAAACAGGCUUCGUCCACUUCGAUUGUUAUCACUAGAUGGCGGUGGAGUUCGAGGUAUUAGCAGCUUGAAGAUAUUGAAGGAUAUAAUGGACCGUAUUAAACCGGGAGCCCUACCUUGUGAUUAUUUCGAUUUGAUUGCCGGAACAAGUACUGGAGGCUUGAUUGCGAUCAUGCUGGGACGUCUUCGCAUGUCAGUUGACGAAUGCAUUCUGUAUUAUCAUCGUCUCGCCAAGCAAAUUUUCAAGAGGAAUCCGGCGGCACAAGCUGGGAGUCUGGCAUUCGUGGAGCAUAGGUUUUCUCCCGACAAUCUUGAAGAAGCCAUUAAGCAAGUCGUAGCCAGGUUGAGCCCAUCGAAUACCAAGAUGGCUGAUCAUCAUCAGAACUGUGCUCGAACGUUUGUAGUGGCCGUAAGAAAGCAUAACGUAAAUAACCACGCAGCUCGCCGAAUCCGUACCUAUGCCACGCAGCAUCGGCCAGCUGAUACGUGUGAGAUAUGGGAGGCUGGCAGAGCAACCUCUGCAGCACCAUCAUACUUUCCUCCUAUCAAACUCAAGGAUGAAUACGGCCAGCUCCGGUCCUACAUUGACGGCGGGCUUGGAUACAAUAAUCCAAGUAAAGAAUUACUCAAUGAAGCGCGAGAUGUAUUUGGUCCUGACCACGCAAUCGGUUGCUUCUUGAGCAUUGGAACUGGUGUAGACCGAAAUACCGGGUUUCAAGAUGUCCGGAGAUUCAAUUCUGCGUACGAUGCAUUCAAAGCCAUUGCUCUGAACUCGGAGCAAGCUCAUCGUGAGCUAAACGAGUACUUCUCCAGGACGCCAGGAGUUUAUUAUAGAUUCAACGCUGGAGCGCGUUUAGUUGGACCGAACGGAGACGAAGAUUUCGCGAAACAGGUGGCUCUUGAAGACUGGCAUAAGAUGGACCAAAUUGAAAACCUAACGUCUCAGUACUUGAGAGAAGAAGGGUCCAUUAGAGGUUUGAAGAAAUGCGCAGAGCGAUUGAAUCGAAUCGCUCGUGAACAUCGAUAA